AAUAUGGCGGACCCCUGUGAGCCAGAAGGACCGGUAGAUUGGAAAGAGCGCUGCGUAGCUUUGGAGGCUCAGCUUAUGAAAUUCCGAGUUCAAGCAAGCAAGAUCCGAGAGCUCCUAGCAGAGAAAAUGCAACAGUUGGAGAGACAGGUGAUCGAUGCAGAACGUCAAGCAGAAAAGGCUUUCCAACAGGUACAAGUUAUGGAAGAGAAACUGAAGGCAGCUAAUAUUCAGACCAGUGAGUCCGAGACGCGGCUCUAUAAGAAGUGCCAAGACCUGGAGUCUGUCAUGCAGGAGAAGGAUGACACGAUUCAGAGCUUGGAGCUGCGGCUUGAAGAGCAGAAACAAAUGCGAAUACAAGAAGCUAAAAUAAUAGAAGAAAAAGCAGCUAAGAUCAAAGAGUGGGUAACAGUUAAGUUAAAUGAGCUGGAAGUGGAGAAUCAGAAGCUUCGGUUCAUCAACCAAAACCAAACUGAGGAGAUACGAGCAAUACAGUCAAAACUGCAAGAGCUCCAAGGGAAGAAGGCACCCUGCGCCUCCACACCAAAGCUUUCGGAAGGGCAGCGCCUGAGCAGUUUGACCUUUGGGUGCUUCUUGUCCCGAGCAAAGAGUCCUCCUCGCGUAGUAAGAUCUGAGGAAAUGAGCAAGACGGCGUCGAAAGAGCCCGAGUUCACGGAAGGGAAAUGCGGAGAAGAGAUGGAAAUUGCAGAGAAGCGUGCUGAUAACCAAGGCCGAGAGAACGGCAGAAGCCAGGGAGAGUUGCAGGAGACCUCUCGCUGCUCAGAACAGAACCGGAAAACGAGAGCAAGCUUUGGAACGGACGGUGGUACAUCCCAGAAUUCCGGGGUUCCAGUAAGUGACUGGAGUUCUGACGAGGAAGAUGGAAGCAAGGGCAGAUCCAAGCCCAGGUGCACUUCCACCCUUUCCAGCCACACGUCCGAGGAGGGCGUGCCGUGUGGCAGGAUGGGCAGCGAAGCUUAUCUCACUGCCUCGGAUGACAGUAGUUCUAUAUUCGAAGAAGAGACUUUCGGCGUUACCAGGCCAGAGCACAAGACGCUGUAUUCUUGGCAGCAGAAGGCUCCGUGGAAAGCUCAGAAUAGCCUUGCAAAGGGGAAUUCUCAGUCGGGAGGAAAAGAGCAAGACAGUUCCUCAGAUGAACUGAAUAAAAAAUUUCAGUCCCAGAGACUGGAUUAUUCAUCCUCAUCAAGCGAGGCCAACACCCCAAGCCCUAUUUUAACCCCAGCUUUAACCCCCAAACACCCUAACUCACUCCCUGGGAAAGGAACACAGUUAGUGCCUUCAGCAUAUCUGCCACCCCCAACGCUAAGGAUCCCCAAUGUUUUCAGUAUAAGCGUGGCGCUCACCAAAAGGCACCUGAGCCAGCCACAGUUAUGUUCGGACCGGAUGUUUGGCACCAACAGGAACGCCAUAAGCAUGAUCCGGCCACUGAGACCUCAGGAAACAGAUCUUGAUGUGGUUGACGGCGACAGCACGGACGUUGUGGAGCCCAUGGACACGGGCUGCGAGGAUGGGUUAUUUUCCUAUGACUCCCUGGAUCCUCCGUUUGCAGAUGACCAGGAGAACAGUGAGCCCACAAAGAAGGCCUCGGGCAGCAAACCGCCUACUCCUCCUCUGCACCGAUUUCCCUCUUGGGAAAGCAGAAUAUAUGCUGUAGCCAAAUCAGGCAUCCGAAUGUCUGAGGCCUUCAAUAUGGAGAAUGCUAAUAAAAAUUCUGCAAACAUACUUUCCUACUCUGCAUCAGGCCUUUAUACGUCUCUGAUAUACAAGAAUAUGACAGCCCCGGUGUACACAGCGCUGAAGGGGAAGGCAACACAAAUAAGUAGCAGCCCUUUCCUGGACGAUUCUUCUGGUUCAGAGGAAGAGGACAGCUCUAGGUCCAGCUCCAGGACGUCGGAGUCAGACACACGCAGCCGCAGUGGGCCCAGCAGCCCCAGAGCCAUGAAGCGAGGCGUGUCUGACUCCUCAGUUGCGUCUGAAAGCGAUUAUGCCAUUCCUCCUGACGCCUAUUGCACCGACGCAGAGUGCUCGCAACCAGAGCAGAAACUCCCCAAAACCUGCUCGUCCUCCAGCGAAAACGGGAAAAAUGAACCACUAGAAAAAUCUGGCUAUCUGCUAAAAAUGAGCGGGAGAGUCAAGACAUGGAAGCGGAGGUGGUUUGUCCUCAAAGGUGGAGAAUUGCUUUACUACAAGUCUCCAAGCGAUGUAAUUCGGAAGCCCCAGGGCCACAUUGAACUUAGUGCAUCCUGCAGUAUUUUAAGGGGAGAUAACAAGCAAACAGUUCAGCUGACCACAGAGAAACACACGUACUAUCUGACUGCAGAUUCUCCCAAUAUAUUGGAAGAAUGGAUUAAGGUGUUACAAAAUGUUCUGCGAGUACAAGCUGCCAACCCUCUUUGCCUGCAGCCGGAGGGCAAACCAACAGCAAAGGGAUUGCUCACCAAGGUGAAACAUGGCUACUCUAAGAGAGUCUGGUGCAAGCUCAUUGGAAAGAUCUUGUAUUAUUUUCGUAGUCAAGAGGACAAGUUUCCUCUAGGUCAGAUCAAACUCUGGGAGGCUAAGGUGGAGGAGGUGGACAGGUCCUGUGACUCAGAUGAAGACUAUGAAGCCAGUGGGCGCUGUCUGUUAUCCACCCAUUACACCAUCGUCAUCCACCCCAAAGACCAAGGCCCAACUUACCUGCUGAUCGGAUCCAAACAUGAGAAGGACACUUGGCUUUAUCAUCUCACUGUUGCGGCUGGAAGUAACAAUGUAAAUGUUGGAUCUGAAUUUGAACAACUGGUUUGCAAGCUGCUAAAUAUAGAGGGAGAGCCUUCCUCCCAGAUAUGGAGACACCCCAUGCUGUGUCACAGCAAAGAAGGGAUCCUGUCCCCUCUGACCACACUGCCUUCAGAAGCUCUGCAGACAGAAGCCAUUAAGUUAUUUAAGACAUGCCAGCUUUUCAUAAACGCUGCGGUCGACUCCCCUGCCAUCGACUACCAUAUCUCUCUAGCUCAGAGCGCUUUGCAGGUCUGCCUGACGCAUCCCGAGCUACAGAAUGAAAUUUGCUGUCAGCUUAUUAAGCAGACCAGACGGAGACAGCCGCAGAAUCAGCCAGGACCACUGCAGGGCUGGCAGCUCUUGGCACUCUGCGUGGGGCUCUUCCUUCCUCACCACCCUUUCCUGUGGCUCCUCCAGCUCCAUCUAAAAAGGAACGCGGACUCCAGGACAGAAUUUGGGAAAUAUGCCAUUUACUGCCAGCGGUGUGUGGAAAGAACGCAACAAAAUGGAGACCGAGAGGCCAGACCCUCGAGGAUGGAGAUCCUCUCCACUCUCCUUCGGAACCCUUACCGUCAUUCGCUGCCCUUCAGCAUUCCCGUGCACUUCAUGAAUGGGGUCUAUCAGGUAGUCGGGUUUGAUGCGUCCACCACAGUGGAAGAAUUCUUGAAUACUUUGAACCAGGACACAGGAAUGAGGAAGCCAGCGCAGUCUGGAUUCGCACUGUUCACUGACGACCCUUCUGGCAGAGACCUCGAGCACUGUCUUCAGGGAAACAUCAAGAUCUGUGACAUUAUUUCUAAAUGGGAACAGGCGUCCAAAGAACAGCAGCCCGGGAAAUGUGAGGGCACAAGAACUGUCCGGCUGACUUACAAAAACAGACUGUAUUUCUCUAUGCAAGCUCGUGGAGAGACCGAUAGAGAGAAGCUGCUGUUGCUGUAUCAGACAAACGAUCAAGUCAUAAAUGGCCUUUUCCCGCUGAACAAAGACCUGGCAUUAGAAAUGGCGGCGCUUUUAGCUCAGGUGGAGAUCGGGGAUUUUGAAAGGCCUUUCUCAACGCCAGCGGGGCACGUGACUAACAAGUGCAAAGCGAACCAAACCCUCAAACAGGUCAUAGAGAAAUUCUACCCUAAAAGGUACCGAGAAGGCUCCUCAGAAGAACAGUUAAGGCAGCUUUACCAGCGACUGUCCACCAGAUGGAUGGCCCUCCGUGGGCACAGUGCUGCAGAUUGCGUGCGCAUUUACUUGACAGUAGCCAGGAAGUGGCCGUUCUUUGGUGCCAAGUUGUUCUUUGCAAAACCCAUAACACCAGCAUCCUUUGGCAACACGUUCGUGUGGCUGGCUGUCCAUGAAAAUGGAUUGAGCAUCCUAGAAUACACCUCCAUGAGGCUGGUGGUCAGCUACGCGUACAAGAGUCUGAUGACCUUUGGAGGCUAUCAAGAUGAUUUUAUGGUAGUCAUUAAUACUCACUCAAAAGACCGGCCGACGGGGAAGUUGCUUUUUACCAUGGCAAAACCCAAGAUUCUUGAAAUCACCCUUCUGAUCGCCAGUUACAUCAACAACUUCUAUCAGCAAAAGGCAGCGCUCCACCACCUCUCGGCGCCCGCACUGCUCUCAACCAGGACUCAGGGACCCCAAGCCAAGGCCAUGGGCAGCCAGCCUCUUCUCUCAAACAGCAGACCCACCAAAGGCCCUACGCUCCUCUGAAAGCUUCUGAGCCUGAACCUCCACUCCUCGUUCUCCACAACGUGGCUGUAUCGGCUGCAAACAAGUGUUUACACACCCGGCCAGCCUGGCGCACACACCAGCACUCCAGACUUUAGCAGUAAAGGGUCGCUCUCUUAUCUGACUCUUAAAUAUUUAAAGAGCAAUAAAACAGAAAUGUGCCAACAUGUUCACUGUGUCUUAGACAGAGUAGGUUAGAAUUUGUUUCUCCCUCCCCACCAUCCUUCUU